AUGGAGGACGAGGAUGACGGGCCAGGAGACGCAGCACCCACCACCGCUACCUCUCGGAGCACCGCAUCCUCUCCGACGGCCACCGCGCCGGCCACCGCCCCCUCAACGGCCACCUCUCGGUCCGCAGCCUCCUGGAUGGCCACCUCUCGGUCAGCGGCCUCCUCGACGGCCAUCUCUCUGCCCGCCGUCUCUCCUACGGUCCCCAAUGGAGGCGCGCGCGGAGAGCCAGGAGGCGCUGCAGCCACCGCUUCCUCUACGUCGGCCCAGACCCGGCGGCGUCCCGGGGCCGCGAAGGCGGCCGCGCUCGCCCGAGCAGCAGGCGCGUUCGACGUACCUGUGGCCCGAGCCACCGCCACGGGUGCACCGAAGCGCACCGCCCCCAUGACAUCCGAGGUCCCGCGUCCAGCUCCAGCCCCAGUGCGGACCAUGACUGCUACGAGGAGGGCCGCCACAGCCGCGAGGGACCAGACCGUCGCAACACGAAGAGCAAAAAUCUUUGGUGGAUUUGGUGUGAAGAUUCUUGAUAAAAAGAGAGAAGGAAAUGAUACGCUGUCAAGAAGGAAGCUCUUGAACACAAAAGGAAUGAUGAGCGAGAGGCUUUGUUUGAAGAAAGCCCUUAGCCACGAGGAUGCUAUGAUCUGGUAG